AUGACAAAAUGUCUUCUCAAGGCUCUUAAAGCCGUUGAUCUUCAAAAUCAUAUAGAAUUAUUUCGUAGACUUGGUUAUGAUUCAGCUGGUGCAUUAGCACAUUUUCAUAAUGAACAUUUUAAACAAUUAAAUUUAUCUAAACAAGAAUUACAUCGUUUUCAUGCAUUACUUGAUGUACUUAAAGAAGCAACACGUGAAGGAAAAAUUUGUCCACAUUAUUCAAAAACUCAUAAACAAUCAACAAUAAAAACUAAUCCAAUUCGAGCAAAAAGUACUGAAUCUAUUCAACAUCGAAAUUUUCAAUCAAAUAAAACAAAUAAUUUACAUUCAAUAAAACAAUUAAAUAAAAAUUUAAAAUCAAAAAGAUCUUCAAGUUCAACUAAAAUAACUGAACGUUUAUCAUCAACAUCACUAGGAAAUAAAAAUCAUCUUGAUGAAUUUAUUUUACAAAGACCAUCAUCAAGUCAUAUUCAACAACAAAAAUUUAAUGAUCAAAAUUUGUCUGGACCAAAAUCAUUUUUAAAUCGAGCACCUAUUCAACAUGUUAAAAUAAAAUCCUAUAAUUAUGGUAUACCAACAAAUAAACGUCAACAAAAUACUUCUCAUCAUGUUCAUUAUCAACAUGAGAAAAAUUUAAAUCAGACUUCAAUAUUUGUUCCAUCAUCACAUAGUACAACAGAUAUAAUAUCUUAUGCUAAACCAGCUGAAAUUUAUGUAUUUGCUCGUAAACGACCAUUAUUAUCAAAUGAAAUUAAUUUUCAUGAUAUAAUAUCAGUACCAGAUACUAAACGUAUAAUUAUUACAGAAAAUAAAGCUAAUCUUGAUUGUACACCAUUACUUAAAAAGAGUGAAUUUCAAUUCGAUCAAGUUUUUGGUUCUGAUACAUCAAAUAAACAAGUAUUUGAAUGUACAGUUUUACCAUUCAUAUCAACAAAUCAUCGUCAGAAUUUAACAUAUAUUUGUUUUGGUCAAACAGGAUCUGGUAAAAGUCAUACAAUAUUUGGUAGUAAAAAUACUGAUGGUCUACUUAUUUAUUGUGCACAAUUACUUUUACAAGAAAUUAAUUUAAAAAAUAAACUUAUUUGUUCAUUUUAUGAAAUCUAUAAUAAUCAACUUUAUGAUUUAUGUCAUACUGGAAAAAGAUUAUUUGCACGUGAAGAUGGUGAACAUUCUGUUAAUAUAGUUGGUAUAACAGAAAUUGUUUUAAAAAAUUUAGAUACUUUACGUUCUAUGAUAAAUGAUGGUCUUACAAGACGACAUCAUGGAAAAAGUGCAUUUAAUACAAAUUCAUCACGUUCACAUGCUAUUUUUCAACUAAUAUUAAAAAAUAAUUAUAAUCAAGCAGAAAAUUUUAAACUUGUUUUUAUUGAUUUAGCUGGUAGUGAACGUGCAAUAGAUGCACAAAAUAAUCAACGACAAACACGUCGUGAAGGUGCACAAAUCAAUUCAUCAUUAUUAGCAUUAAAAGAAUGUAUUCGUUCAAUGGAUAUGACACAUUUUCAUGCACCAUUUCGACAAAGUAAAUUAACACAUAUAUUACGUGAUUCACUUGUUGGUACAAAAACUCGUACAUGUUUAAUGGCUAAUGUUUCACCAUCUGAUGAUUGUUGUCAAUGUUCAUUAAAUACUCUUCAAUAUGCAUCACGUAUUCGUGAUAUUAGUAUUAGACAUCGGCAUCGAUCAAUGCCAAUAACAAAUAUACAAAGAAAUUAUUUUCAUAAUGAUCAAGAAGAAUAUUCAGAAAAAUUCAUAGGUAGAGAAGAAUCACAAAGAAUUUUUGAACCAGCAACAGCAUCAACACCAGUUCAUCGACUUAUUUCAUCAGUUGAUCAUCAAACUUAUAUGACAACAAAUCAAACAGACUUUGAUACUCGUAAAAUGAUAGGAACAACAAAAUCACCAAAUAUUGAUUGGCAAAUAGUAGAUGAUGAUAUGCCGAUAAGUGGUAAUGAUGAUAAUCUACGAAUAAAAUCUGUUCUCUCAUCAACACGUGAAUUUCUCGUUAAUACAAAUACUAACAAUCAAAAUCAAAGUAGUAGUUUUUAUUUAACACGUUAUGAACAACAAAGAAAAAAAAUUCAUAAUCAAGAUGGAAGUCCAUCAAGUUAUUUUCCAUUACCACAAACUGAUAUUAAAAAAUCUUUACCAAUUCAAAUAAAUGAAAAUAAAACUAUACAACAAUGGAAAACAGUUCCAGCACCUUCAAAUCUUCCACUACGACGUGUUUCAGAUUCAUCAAUUGAACCACCAACUUCUACACGUAUAAUACCAAUAGCUCCUAUACAAAUGUCAGAUGAUAAUCAAUAUAGUAGUACAACAUGUACAGAAAGUCUUGGAACAAGAAUAACUAAAUUUGCAACUGCAACUCAUCCUUAUAAAAAAUCUACUAAACAAAAUGAUUUUAUUGAAAAUUUAAAUUUCAAUAAACAAUCUGAUACAUAUACAACAACAACAAUAACAACAACAGAUACUGAUCAAGGUCUUUAUUCUGAUCGACAAGCAACACAUAGAGAUCAAACUGGAUUUUUUAGUAAUCGUGAUGAUCCAUUAUAUUCAAGUAAAUACAGUACUGGACAAAAUGAUCUUAAAUCCAAUAAUUUAACAACAAUAACACAACGAACAUCACCAACAACAACACCAAAAAAUACUUAUCAUAAAUCUGAUGUUAUAUCACCAUCAUCUAAAAAAUCAUUUUCAUCACCAAAUAAAACUCAUCAUCGACAUCGUCAUAGAAAAUCAUCAUCAUCAUCAUCAUCAUCAUCAUCAUCAACUAGUUUAACAAGAACAAAUAAUGAAAAACCUCGAUAUUCACCAUCAAAACGUCAUCAUCGAAUAGUUCCAUAUCAUAUUCAUCAUAGUUCAGAUUCUGAUGAUAUUCAACAUAAUAGAAAAACAUAUACAACACGUAAUGAAGCUUGUCAAACAAUAAAUAAUAUACAUAUUAUGAAAAAUGAACAAGAACAAACUGAUGAUCAAUUAUUACUUGAACAAUUUUCUGAUCAAACAUCAAAAAAUUUUAUGCAAACACCACUUGAUCAAAUAAAACAUAUUUAUGAUGAAAAAUUAUCAACAUCAACAUCAAUUAUUCCAUCACCAAAAAAUGUUGGUAUACGUGUAACAGAUCAAUUAAAUACUUUACGUACAUUAUUAGAAAAACGACUUAUGGAACAAGAUGAUAUGAAUUAUCAAACAAAAGAUUCAUCUAUAUUACAAACAUCACCAAAAACAUUUACUAAAGAAUUUCUUCAAUCAUAUCAACAAUCAACAUAUAAAAAUAAUUCAAAUGAAUUGAUUAGUGAUCUUGAUGAUGAUGAUGAUGAUGAUGAUGUUGAUGAUUAUGAUUAUGACAAAAAUCAACAAAUAAAAAGAAAUUUUAAUUAUUAUGAUCAAAAUAAAAAUAAAUAUCAAUCUGAUGUUUUAUCAACAUCAACAACAUCAUUAAAUCAACAUCAAUAUUUAUUAGAUAAUCGUCAACAACAUGAUUCACUCCUGUUGGAUGAUAUUAAUCAAUCUAAAAUUAAUUUAAAUACAACAGUUUCAUCAUCAACAACACUUACACCAAAUUUUUCAACUAAAAUUGAUACACGUGCAUCACAAGUAUUAUCGAAUUCUGGCAAUGAUAUUAAUACUGAUUCAUCAACAAAUAAAUCUCAUCAUGUAUCUAUCAUUAAUAGUGAUGUUAUAGAAGAUACUCAUAAUCUGACAGGUGAUAUUACACGUACAUCGAAAGUAAAUUCAAUAUUACAAAAUCGAUAUAUUGGUUCAUCAUCUGGAGGUUCAAAUACGAUUAGUUCACGUUGUCGUUCACCAGUAUUCGUACCAUCAUUAAAUACAUUCAAUAUAACAAAUGAAUUUAAUAAUGGUCAUGAUCAUCUAAUAGAUAGUGGUAAAGGUAGUUCUCUUCUAGCAGGUACAUCAUUUGAUGUAUUAAUGAACAGUCUUAAAAGUAUGCGUGAAAAAGAUCUAGAUUGUAUUAUUCAUAAUAGCGAUGAUAGUUUAAUUCGUGUUACUGAUUAG